AUGGCGGCAGAGAGGGUAUCGACCUCGUCAGUUGUCAAACUAAAUCUAAGUGCGAUCAAAAAGAGCGAUCAAUAUGUGGUAAAUAUUAUAGAUAAUGCUUCACAAGUGGCACUCUAUAAAUUUAACGGAACGACACAGGCGUGGGUAAGUACAGCUCAGCUCAUUUUUCAAUUUUUACACGUGUGAUCAUGUAUGAGCUGCUUUCGUUUGCAUUUGUGCGACCGUCAGUCGUUUUUUGUGUUGUCAGUUUGGAUCGAUGUCCUUACGAAGUCGUAGAAGAGAUCAAGAUGAUUGGUAUUGUUCUAUCAUUUCAAAAAUAUGUCCAAUAGUUUUAAAUCACCUGCAGAUAAGUCUUUUUAAUUGAAUUGAAAUCUAUAUAUCAGCUGUAUUAAAUAAUGACAUCUUUCGGUUACGUGACUGUACGGGUCAUAAGUUUAAAAUUUUAUCACAUAGAUGCGCUUGCGUGAUGCGCUAUAAAGCUAAAUCGGUGAAGAAGAAACAAUAAUGAUUGCGUAGUUGGAGGAAUUGACAUAAAAAAAUGAGGGUGUUAGAUACUAAAACAGUGCCUUAGACCAUUUUACAGUUAUGAAUGGAAACGAGGCUGGAGUUGAUUGAUACAACCCUUCCUGCUUUGUUAUGUAAAUCUUGUUGUUCUUAUCCCAACUAGUAUUUUUCAAGCAUAACUUCCAUAAGAAAACAAAGGAGGUUUUUAUCAAAAUGUGGUCAAGGCUAGCGUACUAAGCAUUCAACUAUGAAAUGGUCUCUUCGUUCAUGUUUCCUGUAAACUAUGGCUUUUCCUUUGGCAGCUGAUGGAACAGGGGUUUGUCAGGGGCGGGGGGGUGGGCAGGGGAAAUGAUGAGAAUAAGAUUCUUUGGAGUGGGGGUGGGGAUGGUUCACGAGGAAACUUUUAGCCCCAAGUAAUGUCCCCCAACCCAAAUUUUAACAACAAAUUACAAUGUGUUCACAAUCACACUAUUUCUGUAAUCAAGUGGUCAUCAGGAAAACAAAUUAUUGGAGCAACUUCAGAUUACCCUGCCACUUAUUGGGACACUUUAAGAAUAAGGAAUAAGAAAUAGGCACUUUUGUUAUUCAAUGAGAUGCAAAUAAGUGGCAGGGUAUGGUGAAGUUCAAAUUAUAAAAAGAAAACUAACGAUUGUCAGAAAAGUAACUUGUUUACCUUUUAUGAAGAUGUGUAGGGAAACAUUGACUGUUGGCCAAAAACGUGGCUGUUGUAGAGAGGUGACUCAUGUGGAUAGGUGGCUGUUAGUGGAGUUUUGACUGUAUUUAGAGCUCCUACAAUUCUCCUCAUAUACAACCACCCCAGUUGAUAAGGGCCAUUGUGUCAUAAUAAACUUUUUAAGGCUUUUAACCAUGCUGAAAGAGGAGAAGAGCAUUACUUGUAAGUUUAGAAACUUGUUGUAUAUUUAUUAAGGGUUUUGUUUAUUGUUUGUCUGACGAUUGUCCCCAAGAUAUUGAUUGCGAUGUUACACACUAUUUGAUUGAUGAACAAUAUCUUUCGUGACAUUGUUGUUUAUUUGUAUUGAUUUUUAUUGUAGGAGAAAACAGAUGUGGAAGGAGCCCUAUUUGUUUAUAGCAGGUAAGUCAAUAAAUUAUUACAGUAGAGUUCUGGUAAUCUGAAUCUUUGGAGGAAAGUGACAGUUUUGUAUAACUAUUAUAUAAAAUUACCAGUAGUGUUAAAAACAAAUAUAUGAGUCAUAUUAGCCUGGGAGCAAGCUGUCCGGGGCGCUCUGGCGGUGGGGAGGGAAAAGGAAGGAGAGCUUGCAACUUGGUCUCUGGAAUUGGAAUUCCACCUCCAAUUCCCCUGUGGCUCCCCGUCAACUGAGCUGUCAAAUUUUAAUGUAAUAAAUUAUUAAUCUUGUGGAAUGUGAUCCAUUUUUUAGAUCCACUCCUCCUUCCAGUGCCUUCUUCAUAAUGAACAGACUAAAUAUGAACAAUAUGAAGGAACCAAUAACAAACAAUAUGGAGUUUAAACUUCAGGAUCCAUUUUUGUUAUAUAGAAACCUCACAAGUAAGUAUCCUCAGAAUUCUAAACAAGUUUUACCAAACUUUCGCUGAUCUGUGUAGGGUGUUCAUUGGGCACCAGAGAUCGGAGAAUUCUCUGUUUGUUAAUGUGUGAUAGCCUAUGAAUAUUUUUAAUUUAGACAUGGAGCCUCUAUCUUUUACAAUAUUCUGCUGUAAUGUUACACCUUUCUCCAGCUACUAUAAUUUAUUCUUCAUGAAAAGAGUGAGGCCAUUACGGGGAAAUCUCAGUCUGAGGCCUUGAUUUAUUGACUGAGUGAUAGCGAGGUCAAUACAUCAAGGCCUCGGUCUAAGAUUUCCCUGUCAUGACUGAACAGUCCAGGUUAAUAAGUUAUUUAUUAUAUGGCCUUUUCAUUAUGGAGCUGAGCCUGCAAUCAAUUAAAACCAACAAGUGGUCAGCAGAUAACUAAAAAAAACAUGUCACCUCAAUGAAUUGUACACUUGAGCCUGCGAUACAGUCAGGUGACACUGGUCAGCAGGUACCCUUUUUGACAGCUGUCAAUUGACCAUAACAUGGCAGUCCAUAAGUAAACACAGUUUGUAUAUGCUUUGGACACAUAGCUAGUGAUGCCUGGUCAUUAUUAGAAAACAGCCAAUCAGAGGGCACGUACUAUUGUAGCCAUAUAAUAAAGUGCCUUAGCCCAAAUUGGCAUUAUUAUUUCUUUGAUUUUAGAGGAGAUAUAUGGCAUCUGGUUUUAUGAUAGCGAUGAAUGUAAAAGACUGGCCAUGCUGUUGACAAAGUAAGUCACAUGUACAUAACUUAUUGAAUCAACCCAAAUUAAUUUUUUUAAAAUUUUUUUUCCACUUCUUUCCUACCUAUCAUUACCCAAAGACAAUUUGUGACAGGUUUAGUGUACUAAUAGAGUAAUUAGAGAGCUCAAGCAACCACUAUGAUGAUAGCAGUGUAAAAGUCGCUGAAAAAUGUAUUUGAGUUGUUUCAAACUUACAUGUAUUUACUGUAGCCUUUCCCAAUUUGUCAAAUAAGUCAAAUUUUCCAGGAGUUGAAUGCAUCCAAGUUCUAAAUGGGAAAAUAACAUUUGUUUUGUGUAUACAUCCUCCACAGGAGUUUCAUUUCUUAGUUGUGCAAUGGUCAUGUAGUUGUCCCCAUGGUUGCCUAAGUUCCCUAUUUUUAACAGGACCAGGCAAUUCUACUUAGAAUGUUACAGUUUCAUAAAGCACUAAAUCUUGCAUGUCCAUUUUGUUUGCAGGCUCUCUUCGGAGACAGCACCAACAACCAGGCCAGUGAGUAAUCCUCCUCCACCUGUGCAAAGUCCUCAGGUAAUUUUCUUUCUUUUUCCCUUUUUUUGUCUCCUUUUUUGAGGUCUUUAGAUGACAUUUUCAUCCUACCUUAUUAAGCUACUUAACGUUUCCUUUUCAUAGAAGGAUAAAAAAGAGAGUUCAACAGAGGAAAAAGUUGAUAUCAUGCAGCUUUUUGCUAAAGCACAAGAAAGAUAUAUUAAUGAGGUACUGUAACACUAGUCUAUUAAUAUUAUUAUAGGAUCUGAAUGUUGACUCCUUUGCUUUAUAAACAGCAAAUGAUUUUAGACUCAAGUAAUGCACAUCAUUCGUUCAUUCAUUCAUUCUGUGGUUUGCCUUUUUUUGCCCCCAUGCAGACCAAAGCAAGUAAUCCAGUCACCUCGUCUACAGCGAGUAGCAACCCUCAAAAACAACCAGUACCUCAAGAACAAAAAGAACAGCAACAAAAAUUUCUCCAACAAAACCAAGCUCAGCAAGAGCAACUUCAAAGACUUUUUCAAACUGAGGACACUCGCCCAAAAAAGCAAAGAGCCUACUCCUCCCCCGCUACUUAUCUGUCAGAUAAACAGUCCCCCUCUCCCAUGGGUAGUAAGACGACAUCCAAGGGGGAGGAGCAAGAGAAUAGUGUUUUACCUGGAGGGGAGAGACAGUCAAGGAAAGGACACAAUAAAGUGAAGAGCCUAACGCUGUCUGACGUUAAAAUGCCCGUGGGUCCAGGUGAGGGAUUAAAGAAUCUUUGGGUAACGCAAUUUAUGUCACACAAUUUUCAACAAUUGCGGUUGGUGUCAACCGGCUGUGGAAUUGACUGGCAUGUCAAAAAUGGCAGCUGAAAGUUGUGGAAGAAAUCAAAAGGAAUAAAUAAGCGUAGAAAGGGUUUCUUAAUCCUAUCAUAAUGCUAUUUAAAGUAAACGAGUAGUAAACUUAUUACCAUAUGCAAUCUACUGUUGAGAUGUGGGACUGAGAAGCGGCUCCGGUUUACGGUCAUCUCGCCACCAAGAAGUCUUACUCGCCACCACAUAACAACUCUGCAACAAUUUAUACUGUUUACUUACCUGAGAUUGUUACUUCUUCCUCAAGCCCAAAUAUAAGUUUAUGGAUUUUAAUUGACACCUUGCGUUGAACUUCUCAUCUUUAGUUUUAUUUUUUGCCAAUAAUUACGACUUUUUAAUACCUUAAAACAGCUUAUUUGCAUCGCUCGAAAAGUGUGAUUUGUUUAAAAUCCAACAGCCUUUCUUACGAAAGUUGGUUAAUAUUGUCACUUGAACCUUACCUCCUUAAAUUUGAUUGUAAAUUUAAAGUGAGAGAAUUCUUUUUAGAGACUUGUCCUUUCACUAAGUAUGAAAAUACAUAUUUCUUGAUAGCGAAUUAGUUGGUGGGGAGAUGGUUUGGUGGCGAGGUGACCCGGAUAUUGCGGUUCGCGCGUUCUCUCGCGGCUUUCGUGGCUGAUUUCUCAGGCCACCUUGUGACCUCUUUUGAUUUACACAGCCCAGUUAUUAAAUCUUUUCUCGAAGAAAAUUGUUGUUUAAAAAUGAUAGUAACGCAGGAUUGUUUCCAGGUGGACUCAUCACUCAGACACAAGAUGACUCUGCGAUUGACAGCACAAAAUCGGGAGCCCAAAGGAAGGUACAAAUGUGUAAAAUGUUCAUUUUUUUCGCCGUUGUGUGAUCGAUUGACCCUCCUCCCCGUGAAGCGUGGUGUUGUCUUGGUUGGCUGGUUGGACAAAUCUGAUGAGGAAUGUUUCGCGUCCUCUUAGAAUUUAACGUCACCUGCUUUACAGUUAUGAGCCGCAAGAAGCAGUUAAAAAGCUUGGCUCCUAGCUCAUACGUAUUUGAUUACACACUAUCAUGAGCCAGCUUUCGAACUACGAGGUUCAGGAAAGUUGGUUUGCAAUGUGCUUUCAAUGAAGUUUUUCUUGUUUAUAGUUAUUUCAAAGCGAUCGACCAGAGGUCAAGAGUAUGGUUACACUACCCACACCAUCAACUGCGUCUGCGCAAUCAACAGUUGCUGCUCAAGUUAAGGUGAGCAUAUGCGGGCACCGUAGUGUGUAAGUGCGUCUUUGUUUGAACGCUAUUGGAAAAGAAUUUACUUAAGUUCGCCAAUCUUGGUAGGGUGACCGUAACAGCGCGUGGUACCAAUUAACUCGGUCCCGUAUGUGUCCCUUCCCUUCCCCCGCCCCCAUAAGAAAUAGACCACAAGACCGGGGACUACGUCCCCUAAUCUUUACGAACAUUGCUUCUUCAACGUCCCACGGUAUAUGUUCAAGGGUUCUGAGACGGGGCCUACGGUUUAUCGUCAUUAUCGAGAAGACUAGAAAGUCUAACCGUUCGCAGAUGUCUUUACAAAGGCAGCACUUUUUCCUCAGUUAUUUAAAUACCCUGAGUGUUGGUCCGGCCGAGGUGUGAACCAGCGGCGUCCCGCUAGGCAGACCGGCGCUUCCGGGGAUUAGCUCCAGACUAUCUAGGUAAAAAAUUUAAAACGAGGUCUGAAAUUCACAGGAGAGACACACGCAACGAGAAUAAGAUUGACAUUCCAGGGUACAGAACUGCCGCAGCUGGCCAAAGGACCUUUCAUUAUCGGACCAUUUCAUUGUGGAACGCUUUACUGGAAAGGCUCACUAGGUUAACAAACGUUGUGACUUUCAAGAAGGAACUUAUGCAUUAUUUUAAAUCGUCUCAUUAAGCAGUCUGUUUUUUAAAGACAGGGGCUGCUUACUAUUGUCUUUGUCUCUUAGGGGCUAUGUUAAUCAUGUCUCGUUAAAAUCUUGUAAAUAUAUAGUUUUAUAGUUUCAUUUUUUAAUCUUUUGUACUUUUAUAUAGAUUUUUCUCCAAGAUAUUGAUGUAAUUACUUUGAAAAACCAGACUUGGAAAGUAAUAUUAUUAUUAUUAUUGUCAUUAUUAUUAUUAUUAAUUAUUAAAAUAAUAAUAAUAAUAAUAAUAAUAAUUUAUUGUUUAUUAUUAUUAUUAUUUUAUCCAAGUGAACUAACCGGGUGGCGGGUUUUCUCUGUGUUGCAGGAGUCCCCACAAAAGCCUUCACAGGAUCAAGCCCUAGCCGCGGCCGCAGCCGCUGCCGCAGCGGGGUCUUCUCUUAUGUCGCCAUUAGCUUUCCAGUCUUCAGGGAAAGUACCGAUUAUGACACCUCCAUCACAGACGAAACAGCCCGCUCCAAAAAUGGAAAUUGCACCUUUGACCCAAGAGCAGCUUGUUCAAGCAAUGACGUAUUUAUUGAAGGUAACUUUUGUUGCUUAAAGAGAGGCACAACGAGUGGUCUUACAUCCAGUCUACAUAAUACAAUCCCAUAUAUGGUAGCAACACUAUAAAUAUAUGGUAACCACACUACACCAGUAUUCAAUGGUUAAAUUGGCAAAGAACCUGCAAUACAUUUACCAUUACAUUUUAGACGUUUCGAUCACGCGCUAAAAAAGAUUUAUCAGCAACAUGACCUAUACAACUGGCAUCCUCAAAAGAGGAAAACACCUUUGAGCGUGUUUAAAAAGAUUGAUUCCAACUCUGAACAUAUUUCACCUGCAUCUGACUCGCCCCCAGUCGUUUUGAUCUGUAAGCGGUCAAGAAACGGUCGCGGGAGACCUAGUACGGCAUCUGCUGCCCGUGCUUCCCUUGACCGCGUUUUCUCUCGUUAAUAUUAAUAGGAGACGUAGAGACGACUGGGGACGAGUCAGCACCUGCGUACAGUCGAACCUCUUGCGUCCGAAAACAGCCGUUUCUCCUCGCUCCUUGCUAAGAAGAAACGACUGUUUUCGCAGGCUAUGGAACCUCCAUGUGCGACUACUUCUUGUAAGCGACCAUCUCCCAGAAACGACCACCUAUCCAAACUGAAAUUUUCCCAGUGAAUCACUAAAGUUGCAACUCGUAAGCGACCACCUAUCGUAGGUGACGGCGGCCACUUUUUUCAGAUGACCGCCUUGGAAUUUUCCUUUGUUUUUAUCCUCCUAUUGCAUGGUUUGAUCUCCAUGCAUGUUGUAUGUACUUCACUACUAAGAGAAUGCGAUGUACUUUUGGUGACAACAUAAAACUACACAUAUGGUAACUUGGAAACUACAUGCAGUGAAUUCUCUUACAAAAUGUAGAUGUGUUCGGUCCUCUUCUCGGAAGAGACCCCUUGUGGUUCGAUUCUCUUAAGCGACCCCUUCCCGCAAGCGGCCUCAGAACCUUCGCAUUCUGGGUGGUCGCUUACGGGAGUUUUGACUUAAUUAAUAAGCACUAUAUUAAUAUUAGAAGUAAUCAGCAAAAACAGCAUGUAUGUACUGUAUAGUUAUAAUAGUUUGUCGUUCAUUUCUUUUCAGAAUGAUCCAGAAUUUGUUACCAAAAUCCACGAGGCAUACUUCAAGAGUUUACAGGACAAACUGCCAACUUAG